CCUAGUUACCGCACAUGGAAACCGUUCCCUCUGUGUUUUGAGUUUCGGCGCCGACUCGAGGAGCAGGACCUUGUCCUCCAUAUAGAAAGCCAUAAAGUUGAAUUGUGUGACAUAUUUCAGGACACGUCUUCGCCAAGAUGAAGAUCGAGGAGGUGAAGAGCACGACCAAGACGCAGCGGAUCGCGUCUCACAGUCAUGUGAAAGGACUGGGGCUAGACGAGGCCGGGUAUGCUAAACAGUCCGCGUGCGGACUCGUCGGACAAGAGGCCGCAAGAGAGGCCUGUGGAAUCAUUGUGGAGCUGAUCCGCUCCAAGAAAAUGGCAGGCCGGGCCAUUUUACUCGCUGGGCCACCUGGCACCGGGAAGACUGCACUUGCCCUGGCUGUAGCGCAGGAACUGGGCAACAAGGUUCCCUUCUGCCCCAUGGUUGGCAGCGAGGUCUACUCAGCGGAAAUAAAAAAGACUGAAGUUCUGAUGGAGAAUUUUAGGAGAGCCAUCGGAUUACGUAUCAAAGAAACAAAGGAGGUCUAUGAAGGUGAGGUGACAGAACUCACUCCUUGUGAGACAGAGAAUCCAAUGGGAGGCUACGGGAAAACCAUUAGUCACGUCAUCAUUGGGCUGAAGACCGGUAAAGGCACCAAGCAGCUCAAGCUGGAUCCCAGUAUCUACGAGAGUCUCCAGAAGGAACGAGUUGAAGUGGGAGACGUCAUCUACAUCGAAGCCAACAGCGGUGCUGUCAAGAGACAAGGGCGCUGUGACACCUUCGCCACGGAGUUUGAUCUGGAAGCGGAGGAGUACGUGCCACUUCCCAAGGGUGAUGUUCACAAAAAGAAGGAGAUCGUCCAAGACGUGACGCUUCAUGACCUGGACGUGGCAAACGCCAGACCACAGGGUGGGCAGGACAUCCUCUCCAUGAUGGGUCAACUGAUGAAACCCAAGAAGACAGAAAUCACAGAUAAGCUGCGCGCUGAGAUCAACAAGGUGGUGAACCGCUACAUCGACCAGGGCGUGGCGGAGUUGGUGCCCGGGGUUCUGUUCGUGGACGAGGUGCACAUGCUGGACAUCGAGUGCUUCACGUACCUCCACCGGGCGUUGGAGAGCACCAUCGCUCCCAUCGUGGUGUUCGCCUCCAACAGAGGAAACUGCCUGAUCAGGGGGACCGAGGACAUCAGCUCGCCACACGGGAUUCCACGGGAUCUGCUGGACCGCGUCAUGAUCAUACGCACCAUGCUGUACACGCCGCAGGAGAUGAAGCAGAUCAUCAAGAUCAGAGCCCAGACUGAGUCUGUAAACAUCAGCGAGGAGGGACUUGCACACCUGGCAGAGAUCGGAACCAAGACCACCCUCAGAUACGCCGUGCAGCUGCUGACCCCGGCCAGUCGACUGGGUCGUGUUCAAGGGAAGGAGACGGUGGAGAGAGAGCAGGUGGAGGAGAUCAACGAGCUCUUCUACGACGCCAAGUCCUCGGCCAAAAUUCUCCAAGACCAACACCACAAGUUCAUGAAGUGAACCACUCUGCUCCUUCCUGUCCUCUCCCUGCUCACAUCGAUCUAGUUUUCUAUUAUUGUAAUUUGUGUUUUGAAUAAAAUCUGUGACACUGA